AUGCUGAUGUAUUAUAAACAAUAUCCGAUCGAAACAUCAUCAGAUUCGUCAUUUGCCUGUGAUUUAUCAUUGAGAAAUGCGAGAUUUAAAACGAAUGUUCAAUCAUUAUCUGUACCACAUUCGCAUGCUGAACAAGAAAUGUUUGAUUUAAUGAGUAAUCAAGAAUUUAUUUUGAAUGUUGACUUUGUCAACACAUUAAUUAAUUGUGAUGCUAUAUCGAUUCAAAUGCAAUUGGGUAAAACAUGGUCAACUAUCCGUUGGUUAACCUAUCAAAAUAAGAAUUCCAUUCUAUCUCUUUCGAUUCCACUUCCUUAUCAACAUAUUUCUGUUCAAAGUUUAUUAGAAGAUAUAAGAACAAUUGGAGCUUUGCGUAUUGGUCUUGCUGGUGAUGGACAGGAAAGUGAAAAUUUUACAUUGAGAGAAUUUAAUUUCCAUCAAUCAUUUUCUAAAAAUGGACAAAUCUUAGCACAAACUUUACCUAUUGCUUUGUCGAUAACAAAAGUCAUCAAUGAAACCGAACCAUUGGCCGAUGAAGAGUCUGAUUUUGGUGGAAUUUUUAUUCCUACUUUUGCUGUUGAUUUAAACAGUUGA